CUUCGCCGCGAGUCGCAACCCAACCAGGUCAAGUCGCCACUCAGCCCGACCCGACCCCGACCCACAAAAGGAACCCAACCGACGACCCGACCCACACGACGCACCACCAUGGCCGUGGCCGCACGCGCACGGGGCUCGCCGCUCCUCCGCGCCCUCUCCGGCACGAGGGCGCGGCCGCCGCUGGCCCGAUCCAUCCACGAGGGGCCCGACACCAUCGACGAGCUCCUCGACCGCCACCUCUCCAAGAAGGGGCCCACCCCCUCCGCCAUCCUCGACGACGACGCGGCGGAGGCCCUGGCGCGGCGGAGGCUGACGAGCUCGCGGCGGGAGGCGCUGGGGCUGUACCGGGACAUCCUGCGCGCGACGCGCCUGUUCGAGUGGCCCGACGAGCGCGGCGUGCCGUGGCGCGACACGCUGCGCGCCAACGCGCGCCGCGAGUUCGAGGAGGCCCGCGGCGAGCGCGACCCGGAGGUGGUCGCGCGGCUCCUCAUCGGCGGCCGCGAUGCCGUCGACCAGGCCCUCGAGCGCGUCGCCGACGCCUCCCGCCGCAUGGUCCAGGCCGAGGAGGCCAAGCGCCGCGGCGGGCCGUAGAUCCCCACACCCCCACCCCGACUCGAUGCGCCCCAUGCUUCCUCUUCUUCUUCAGCUGCUGCUGCUUAUAUUUGUUAAUUUGGUUGUAAAAUUCCCUAUGUGCGAAUAUUUAUGUGAUGUGACACAAAAUGAAUUGCUUAUGAAGCAUUUCAUCCUUGUCAAUUGUCAUGCCCUGUUCUAUCUUUGCCAAGAAAUGUGACAGGAAAUCAACUUCCAUUUUGCAUUU